AUGUCCGACCAGGAGCAUCUCCAGUUCGAGAUUAGCCGUCACGUCCUGAAGAAGGUGUCCAAGGCCAUCAAGUCAGACAACAAAGCCGAUGCGACCUGGCUUAAAAAAGAGUUCAUCAACCCCAGCACCGAAUACGGUGUACCGAUCACUGUCGACUCGUACGGCCACGAGCUUUCCAGGAUCCAGAAGCUCUGGAAUAUGGCUGUCGAGGCUGAGCCCAGCAUUGAGAAGGAAGGCGCCCUCAUUCUGAACGCGAAGAAGAACGGAACCGAGGUCGUUGGAAUCAACCUUUCAAAGUACGGUAUCAAGCCUAAUGCUGUCCAAUUCGAAAACGCGACUCCGACCGGAUCAAAGCCCACUCAGCAGUAUGAGCCCAACUCUACUGCCGCACGUCACCCUACUUUGACCAGCGUCCAUGCCGCAGCUUCUCCCUCGGACGGCAUCAAGGCUGAGUCUAGCCCGACUGCAAUUUCGCCAACUUCGAGCUUGCGUUCCAGCUCCUCUCCUGAAGUUCCUGACAUCCCCAUGAUGCACCCUCGCCCUUUCCCCACUAGUCAGCGUGCCUCUCAUGUUGGCGAGCCCGAAAGGUCGGAUGGCAAGGCUUCCAUGCUCAGCUCUCGUCAGCAGAGCGCGCGCCCUCCUCCCGGACAGGUCAGCGACACUGAUAAGGCUCCUCGCCGCCGCCGCCGCCGUUACAGUGGUUCCACUACCUACUCCGCCGCUAACACGACGGUCACAUUCCAGGCGAACAUCACCACUGGCGGUAAUGUCAGCGCAAUCCCCUUCAGUCUCGACAACAUCAAUGAGGCUAUCGAUGAUAUCAUUGCGUACGUCGACUGGAAGAACAGCGAGGGCGGCCGCCGUUCUGCGGUUGGUUUCAAGGACUUCUUGGACAUCUCGAACUUCCGCUCGAGUGCGUCCAACGCUCUGGUUCUGCGCAAGACGGAAUAA